AUGUCUAUCAAGCGUGCCCUUUCCAAAAUUAAACCCUCCAAGACCUUCGACGAUGACUCCAGCAAUUCCCCCAACUCGGCCACUUCCAUGUCCCCGCGUCGCAGCAUCCUCAGCGGAUUUCUGCGCGAUCGCGACUAUGUCUCUUCUUCCGACGACGUCUCGGAUGAUUCGUCCUCCCCUGGCACCAUGAGUAAGAACCAGCAAAAGCGCAUGGCGCGCAAACAGCGCAAGGAGCAUUCGAGACUCAGCGGGGAGCGCCACUCCGAGGACUCGGAUGCGCGUCAUAAGGAGGACGUCGUCAACGCCUCCCGCGAGGAGACCGCCGAGAUGAAGGACCGCUACGGGGAAUUGCCGCUGUUGCAGUCUCGCACGCGGCCACGCGAGGCUCGCACGAAAUUCGACGAGAUCUCCGAAGCCUUGGUGGGCAAGCAGGUCUGCUUUACGGCUCGCCUCCACAUUAUCCGUCGCAUGAGCUCGAAGCUAGUCUUCCUAGUCUUUCGCCAGCAGCUGUUUACCUUUCAGGGCGUCCUGCACGAGGAGCAGGGCGUCAAGUCCAUUGCCAUGAUCCAUUGGGCCGAGCAUCUGCGGUUGGGCUCCAUUGUUCGUGUGCGGGGCACCAUCAGGCAGCCCCAGGUGCCCGUUCUGGGUUGCACCAUCCAUAAUGUGGAAGUUUCCAUUGAUGAGAUCCACCUGGUCGUGCGUCGCGAGGAGUCCGUUCCCUUCAGUGUCUACGAGGCGGAGAUUCAGACCCCUGAGGAGGAGCGCAUCGAGGGCCGCCGCAGUCGCAUCCCGGAUCGCACCCGACUGAUCAACCGUCUGCUGGACUUGCGCACUCCGACUUCCCAGUCCAUCUUCCGCAUCCAAUCCGGAAUCAGCAACCUCUUCCGGUUCGCCCUCGAUGAACAGGGUUUCAUUGAGAUCCAUACGCCCAAGCUGCAAGGGUCCGCCACCGAGUCCGGUGCCAGUGUGUUCCACGUGCAGUACUUCGGUCGAGAUGCUUUCCUAGCUCAGAGCCCUCAGCUAGCCAAGCAGAUGGCUAUCGCCGCCGAUUUUGGCCGGGUCUAUGAAAUCGGAGCUGUAUUCCGGGCGGAAAACUCCAACACCCACCGCCAUCUGACCGAGUACACCGGGUUGGAUAUCGAGAUGGCCAUUGAGGAGCAUUAUCAUGAGAUGUUGGAUGUGCUGGACGGCGUCAUCAAGUCCAUCCUAGCUGGGGUUUACCGCCGCUACCGUCGGGAGGUGGACACAGUGAAGCACCAAUUCCCCUCGGAUGAUGUCGUCUGGUUGGAGAAAACCCCCAUCAUCCGUUUCGCUGAUGGUAUCAAGAUGCUGAAUGACUCGGGCUGGCGGGAUGAGGAAGGCAAUUUGCUGCCUGAUGACGAGGAUCUGCACACCCGCGAUGAGAUCCGUCUGGGUGAGCUGGUCAAGGAGCAGUACGGAACCGACUACUACAUCCUGGACAAGUUCCCCGCCAGUGCCCGCCCCUUCUACACGAUGCCCGAUCCUGACGACAACCGGUUCACCAACUCGUUCGACAUCUUCAUUCGGGGACAGGAGAUCGUUUCGGGUGGACAACGUAUUCACGACCCCCAUAUGCUGGAGGAGAACAUGCGCCGAGUGGGCAUCGACCCGGACACUAUGGAGGAGUACAUGGAGGGCUUCCGCUGGGGUGCGCCUCCACACGCCGGUGCCGGUGUAGGCCUCGAGCGUCUACUGAUGCUACUCCUGAAGCUAGGGAACAUCCGCUUGGCAUCCCUCUUCCCUCGCGAUCCCAAGAGCUUCCCCGCCAAGCCGCUAACCGCGCAGCUACGGCACCCCGAGUCGUCCACCAUUGAACCGCCGUGGGUGCGGGACAAGAAGGGCAACCUCGCGCAGGAUGUCAGUCAGCUACAGCCGCUCGAGCAUCUGAUUGCCAAUUAUGGCGAUGCCACCUCCACCUCCUGGGGCGAUGAGCGCUUCAAGAUCUGGCGGGAUAUGGGCACGGGUGCCGCCAUCUCCUAUGUGCCUAGCAGCAGCAACUACGUCAUUGUCCCGGGCAAUCCCUUGUGUGAUCCCCGCCAGUAUCGCCAGGUGAUUACCCAGUUCCUGCAGUGGCUGCGGCGCGAGACCAAGUACAAGCCGGUCUGGCUUCUGUGUUCGGCCGACGUGGAGAACAUCCUGGGCGAGCGACUGGGCUGGCGAACGCUGUCCUGCAUUGCCGAGGAGCGCGUGGACCCGGCCCGCAACAUGGCGGCCUCGGAUGGUGAGAUCUCCCGCAAGAUUCGGCACGCCGAGAGCGAGGGCGUCAAGCUCGUGAGCGUGAACCGGGGCGAGAUGGUGUCCGAUGAGAUCCGCGAGAAGAUCGACCAGCGCAUCCAGGACUGGCUGAACAACCGCAAGGGCACUCAGGUGCACCUGUCGGAGAUUCACCCCUGGCGCGACCCCGAGCACCGCUGGUACUUCUAUGCGGUCGACAAGGAGGGCACCAUCUGCGCUUUUGUGGCCUUGGCCACCCUCGCCCCCGUCCAUGGCAUGCAGAUCAAGUACAGCUUCGACUUCCCGGGCUCGCCCAACGGCGUCAUCGAGCACAUCGUCACGCACGCGAUCCAGACGGCCGCCGCCGCCGGCGUCAAAUCCUUCACCUUCGGCGCGGGCGCCAUGUCGUCGCUGACGCCUGGCCACAACCUGCGCGGCACCCGCGUGAAGAUGCUGCAGCACACCUACGACACCAUGGCCAAGCAAUUCCACCUGGUGCGCAAGAGCGAAUUCCGGGCGAAGCUCGGGGCGGAGGACGACCCGCUCUACAUUGCCUACCCACCCCACGGCCUCGGCACCAAGGGCAUGAGAGCGGUGCUCCAUUUCUUCGAAGAUUAA